GGGUCAUGAGUUUGAGCCCCACAUUGGGUGUAGAGAUUACUAAGAAAAAAAACUUAAAAAGAAGAAAGAUUUUGCAUCAUAACAUUGUGGAUGUUGGAAUGGCAGCCUACUAGUAGGUCACUGAAUGGACUCAGGCCUGGUACUCAUGUGGAUCUUGUGGGAUGUGCAUGGUUACAUCCAUUCAUCCUUGAAAUAACACAGUUUCAAGUUUGCCAUAGUUCACAUUUACAUGAAGACUCCUGCCUUUGCUCCAUGCCCUUACCUGGUCUCGGCCUAUUGCUGGCCCCUCCAAUGCCCCCACGUGAGAGAGGGUAGAGGGGCUGGCCCUUGCUUUCUCUGGGUGGCCUUGGAGAUGUUUGUUGUGAUGCUGUCAGGGAUUCCAGAAGCCAAAUGUCUCAAACUGUUUCCUUGGCUGUCAAUGUCAAGGUAUGUGUGUGGGUCCCCAAGACCACUUUUAGUCUUAAUGAUAUGCUGGAGGGAGUCUCAGAAUUCAACAAGGCUGUUAUACUCGUGAUUAUAGUUUAUUAUAGCGAAAAGAUACAUAUUAAACUCAGCAAUGGAAAAAGGUGCAUAGUCUGGGAGAUAGUGGGCAUAAGUUUCCACAUGACCUUUCCCAGGGUGGUCAUGUGGACAAUGCUUAAUUCUCACAGCAAUGAUAUGUGACAGUGUAGCAGCCAGGGAUGCUUACCUGAGUUGCGGCAUCCAGGGUUUUUAUUGAGGGUUCAGUUACAUAGGUAUGGAGUAUACUAACCGUAGUUACUCAGUCUCAACUCCUCCCAGAGGUCAGGUUGGUACAAUGUGGACCAGGGUCACCACUGUAAGUCACAUUGUUAGCAUGAACUAUGUGGUUUGGCCUAAGUCCUUAGGUAAACAGAGAUACCUUUAAGAGGCAGAAUAUUCCAAGGGCUUAAGAGGUUACCUUUCAGGAGCAGGUCAAGGGCCAAACUUUUGGAAUGUGCAAGGUUUGGACAACCCAGGCCUGCUGAGUCAACCGUUUCCUGAACAUCUGGCUGCAGCCAAAGGAAGGCUCUCAUGACUGUUUCCUUGGUGUUUCAGUGAUUUGGGUUUCAGGGGCCUUGGAUGUACUCUUAAGGUAUGUAUGUGUAUGUGGACCAAAGGAGGAGGUGCAUGUUGGCCGAGGCAGGGUGUUCUGUGUGAUUUGGAUGGCAGUCCUUGUUCUCAUUCAGCUCAGAGUCCCGGGCCAGCAUCUGGGUACAUGUUAACUGCCCAGGUGCCUGACCUCUGUGUCCUUAGGGUGGGGCUGAGGGCACUAACACUUUCCUCUCCCCUCAGUGCUGGCCCAGUCUCAUCCCGAGGACCAGUGGUCUGGAGACCUGGCAGAGUCAGCCAAACUCUUCACAGAUGGAGCUCAGUUAUCUCUAUCCCCCACAUGGGGCUCGAACUCACCACCCUGAGAUCAAGAGUUGCAUGCUCCUCCCAUUGAGCCAGCCAUGUGCCCCACCAGUUUCCGGUUUAAAACAGCAUUUGCGGUAACCCAGGGGCUUCUCCAGGAGGAGAGAGGGUGUUGCUCACAGACGUGGACUGAGCCCACACGGGAAGGAGAGCAGAUCAGCCAAGGAGCAUGCCCAGGGUCUCCUGCCAGAGGGUCAGGGCCAGGGUGGCAGUGGCACUGAAGUCAGCAGUCACAGGGUGGGAACACACUUAUUCUUUAGCUGUGUCUGGAGAGAGUGAUGCAGACAGAGCCUCCUCUACCAUUUCUGGACUGAAGAUCUCUUUGAAGAGGCCACCCAGCAGAAGCCAGUGCCCAUGCACCAAGUGGGACCACAAGGCUAUCAACCUGCAGGAUAAGCUUGAGGCGUUGUGGCUCUUUGAAGCCGGAGAGAAGCUCAGCAGAAUCAGGAAUGCGCUGGGGCUCUCCACCUCCACCAUGGCUACCAUUCGUGACAACAAGGAGAAGAUCCGAGCCAGUUCCCAGGUGGCCACACUGCAGGCGGCCACCAAAUUGAUGCACAGCUGCAGCCUGGUGAUGGAGAAUAUGGAGUGGAAGCUAAGCGUGUGGAUCAAUGACCAGAAUGAGCUCAAUGUGCCCAUCAACAUCAUGCUCGUCCAGGAGAAGGCUUGCAGCCUGUUCGAGGACCUCAAGUGGGAGCAGGGCGCGGGUGCCCAAUUGGAGACCUUCGGGGCAGUUGUGGGUGGUUCGCGUGUUUUAAGGCACGCCAAAGCCUGCAUGCCUUGGGGUGGGUGGUGAGGCUGGGGGCUGCGAGGCCAUGGGCACAACUGCCGCAGCUGUGUGCAGGUACCCUGCCCUGCUUCAGAGAGUGAUCCAGGAGGGUGGCUACACACCAUGGUAGGUGUUCAACGUGGAUGAGACUGGGCUUUUCUGGAAGCGACUGCCUGACAGGACGUUCCUUUCCCUGGAGGAGAAAUCAGCCCCUGGGUGCAAAGCUGCCUGAGAUA